UUCAGAAACUUCAACUACCAACCUCUUCGUUCAUGACCUCCGAUGUCGAACUCUCCAAAGUCAAGACAUUACUUACUUCAGUUCGCGACACGCCCGUGAAUACGGUCGAUGGAGCAGAAGAUAUUCUUCAGCCAUUAUAUUUAUAUUUGAUGAAUAUUCCACCAUCCGCACCUGAUAAUACCUACCACUGGUUUUGCAGUCGCGCCAACCAGCUCACCAUUGGCGCUGCUACAUUUCUACUAAGGCUCUUUGCAUACGACAGUCCCAGAGUGGAUGAUUGGAAAAGAAGGUUGAAGUCUUGUCUCUCAGGAUGCUGUCAGUGUAUCAGAGGGUUUGGGGAAGUGAAGGCUAGCUCUCGGACAACUUAUUUUGGCGCAUUCUCUGAUGAUGUGCUCAGAUCAUUCUAUAGCAAGUUCGAUGACUGGGAACUAUCGGUGGUCGUAGAGGCUCUCGUACGCACUGGAAUAGACCUGUCCAGCUCUUCUCAGACACCUCAAGAAGUGCCUCAACCUCUGUUAUACCACAUGGUCUCAAAUAUGCGCAUCUUUCGCGACCCUCGGGUCUUGCCCCUUAUUCGUGCCUGCCCGCCCAUCUCAAUCUGGCCACUGGAUCCGCCUCCUCCUGGUUUGUUUGUACUCGUAAUAGAUGAAUCCUCUGCCGUUAGACAGUGGGCGAAAUCUCAAAUCACCAAAAGCACCCAGGUCCCAAUGUUAGAACACCAGUUUGUUGCUGGACAUGAAUUGGCGCUCCAAGCAGUCACAAGGGCUUUGACACUGUCUCGCGAAGGCGAAGGAACGACAACGGACAGUGUCAUAUCGAACUCAUUCUCCUCCGACUCGAGCGAACUUUGGGCUGGAUUCAGCCACAUUCUGCGACAUCUCCCAACGGAAGUUCUCGCCAAACCAUCUGAAGAAAUUGGCUAUCGAAGAAUCGUGACAGGCCAUCUACACGACAUUGGACGACAUUUUUCUGAUAUCUUAAAGUGUCUACUCUUCUUGCUCAAGCGUUUAGGAAAUAAGUUAUGGCAAGGCGAGGGUCCAGAGUAUCCCCAGGUCGUUUUCGAUGCAAUCAAGGACAAUCCUUCCUUCAGUGAUAUGCUACAGGAUCUCAAGUCGGCAGGCGAAAAACCAUGGUUCUUGUCGUGGUUCGGGGAGUAUCUUGCAACAAUAUCCGAUUCUGCCAUAUAUAAGGAUGUUCUAGCAAGAAUUGUGGAUUUUCUUUGUGAGGAAUUGCAGCAUGAACGGUUCCAGGAAGCACGUCCAGCGAUCAUGUAUUCCGCUGUUCGAUUACUAGCCGCUCAGGUGCGGAAAACUCAGUCUGACGAGACGUUGUCACGUCGCGUGGCAGUUUCAAGUGUACUCGACAUUCAUGCAGAGGUUUUCAUUUCGGUGGCUUUUGGUCGCUUGCACGCAAAUUCGCAGUGGAAAGAAGUUCGCAGCGCUGCUCGUGAGCUCAUCACGACGUCUUUGACUCAGGACGCCAAUGAAAUUUCCAAAUCUAUCACAACCUCCUGCGAGUUCUUGGCAGGACGCACGAAGGUGUUCCCCGUCUGUGCUAUUAGAGAACAAAUGUGGAAGAAGACAUACGAGUCUCUACAGACAAAUGACACAGAUGGCGUCGUCGCCAUCAUUGCCAUUGUUGCCCAGUUCUCUCAUAUCGACUUCUUGAACAAAGUCGCGUACAGACUCGUUCUUUCGAGUCCAAAUGCCCAAGCUUUUGAUGCCAUCAAUCGAUGCCUCGAUAUUUCUCGAAGCGGAUUUCUUGAUGUAGUAUCCAAGCUAGCAAACUACAACCAGAGGUCAUUCGUUCUUGAUGUCUUGGGUCGACCUGGAGUCGCAUGCGAUGUCAUGGUCUUGAUGCUGUCUCCCAUUGAAGACCUCCAAGGUGCUGCGAAGACGCUUGUUGGCCAAGCAUUUGAUGUCGACGUUCGGAUUGAUUGCUUUCGUGCCCUUCUUUCCAAUCUCUCAGACUCUUCGUUUGAGGGCAUCUUCAGCUUCCUGGAACGAUACAUUCACUACGCACCACAGGUACCGGAGGCCUGCAGCCUUUCCAAAUCGCUUGUGCAGUGUCUCACCGACGUCAUUGAGGUUUUGUGCUCCAGUCCAGACGGACUGUUACACGACAGCUCAUUCCUGCGGUCAAAAGACAAAGAAGCGCCUGCAGCACAGAUACCUCGUCUGUGGAACUUGAUGACACGGUCCAUUACCGUGAUAUUCAAACGCACGCCUCUCUGGUCAGAGUACUUUGAAAUUCCGGACAUGACAGUCUGGAUGCGAGAUGCGCUCAUAUUUGGGAGAGACCUUCUGGCGCAGUGGAGAGUAAUGGAGUCUGCUAGCGUCACUGCUACGGAUGAAUCGUCCUCGUUAUUAACAGGAAAGGUUCGAAAACUUUCCCGGAUGGGGAAGAACAUGAUGAGCGAUCUGCAGCCAGUGCUUACAGAGCUUGCACGGUGGCUGCGGCUUUCUGAUGAAGAGCUUCUCCAUCAAUCUUUUGCGCUGCUUCAGACGCUUCUCGAAUGUUUUCGGACAACUGAUAUUCCUCCAUCGGAAGCUACUCUUGCCAAGCUGAACAGGCACGUCGAGGCUUCCCGCAAGGAUAAGUCCGGCACUUCAAAGACCAAACUUGAUGCAAGCCGAAUAGCCCAGUUAGAGGACGCACUGACGUCAUUCGAGGAGAAGGAAGUUGAAAUCGUUUCCGUUGUUCAUGCGCCGCCGCCUCGACCUACCAAACCCCACGAACCCCCACCGCAGAAGGUACAGGCGGCAGCACGAAAGCAAAGUGAUGUCGUUCGUCGGAAACCCAAUGAUAAUGACCAACUCAAACCCGACGUUAUGAAGGGCGCAUUUCCCAAGUUCCAGCGGUUAUCAACGAGUACGUCGACGAGCGUCAGUAAAGCACCAACACUCCCCUCGGCCCCUUCAUCAGAAUAUUCCAGUGAUUCUGGAUCUGAGGCUGAAACCGUGCAGGGCGGUCUGGUCGCCUUGGGUAAAUUCCAGCGAUCACCAAAAGUCAAGAAGCCCAUGGAAAGACGUCAAGUGAAGUUACUGGACAUUCAAAACCAAGCCAAGAGUGCAACUAUGGAGCGUCUCCACCGUCGAGAAGAUGCUCGUCGUCGGGCAUUGCGUUUGAAGCCAGACAUCACCGGACUGCAUCGCACCCUCCUAUCUUGGAAUUACGACCACGAUGGUCCCAACCCUCCCACUGUUGCCCAAAAAGCACCAUUGCUUCAUGUUCCCGAUACCUUCCAAGACUAUCAGCACUAUCUCCGAGUUUUUGAGCCCUUGUUACUCCUAGAAUGUUGGUCUCAAAUUGUUCAAGCCAAAGAAAACGUAGAAGGAGUGUACGAUUGUAAAAUCACCUCCAAGCACUUCACCGAUGAUUUCGUCGACUUUGAUGCAACCAUUUCGGAGCCUGUCCAGAAAGAUUGGCGGCUGGGGGAGACGGAUGUCGUGUUACUCCGACAUCCCGAGGGUAAAAAGUCGAUCAUGAUGAAGGUUCAGAGUUUUAGGACCACGCCAAUUGGAUCGCAGAUGGGUCUCCGCUGCUUCGUGCAUUCCACUAUGGGCGACAUAGGUCUGCAUAUCAACACUGUUUGGAGCCUGAAGAAGGCUUUCAGCUUGAGCACUCUUCACCGGGAGUAUGGAGCUCUUAUGGCAUUGCCCCACUAUGAUCUCUUUCAAAUGAUAUUAACUCCGAAAUUGUCUGGUAUGCCACCUCUUGAGCAGCACGAGGUACAGCACACCAUGUCCGCAUACAGUGUCAACGAGCCGCAGGCACGAGCUAUAAUGGGAUCGCUUAAGAUAGAUGGUUUUGCGCUCAUCCAAGGACCUCCCGGAACUGGAAAAACAUCAACUAUCUGCGGUCUCGUCGAAGCUUUUCUUCAGAAGCGUCCACGUGCAGCGACAUCCAUUCAUGUUGGAAAAACCGCAACCUCUUCAGAGUCCGUGAAGAAAAUCCUACUCUGCGCACCUAGCAAUGCUGCCAUUGACGAAAUUGCUGGUCGUCUCAAAGAAGGAUACAGAGGCCCUCAACGGAAAGCAAGUUCCCUUAAAGUGGUCCGAGUUGGAACAGAAAAGGCUAUCGAUAUCAGCGUGAAAGAAGUUUCUCUUGACUACUUGGUAGAACAAAAGCUCAAUGGGCAAACUCCCAACAACACUUCCAAGGAUGCGCACAACGAGAUAAACGUGUUACGAGGCGAAAUCGAGCAGGUCAAGCAGGUCAAGCAGCAGAAGUUGGAUGAGCUGGCUUCUGUUCGCGACAACAAUGCCCGGAUGGUGGUCCUGGAGGAAGAAAUCAAGAAACUAAACUCACGACGGAUGACGCUGACGCAGCAGUUUGAUCGGUUGAAAGAUAAACAAAAAUCGGACUCUAGGACACUCGAUGCUAUACGGAGGCGCGUUAGGAUGGAGGUUCUCCAAGAGGCAGAUGUCAUUUGUUGCACUUUGUCAGGUGCAGGGCAUGAAACGCUCGAACAGCUUGAUUUCGAAAUGGUCAUCAUCGACGAAGCGGCCCAGUCCAUUGAGUUGAGCUCAUUGAUUCCACUCAAGUUUCCUUGUCAAAGAUGCAUUAUGGUUGGUGAUCCACAACAACUUCCUCCCACAGUUUUGUCUCAGGAGGCCUGUAAGUACCGGUAUAAUCAAUCGCUCUUCGUGCGCCUUCAGAAACACCGCCCCGAUGCUGUCCACCUCCUCAGCAUCCAAUACCGCAUGCACCCCGAUAUUAGCCGUCUUCCCAGCAGGAUCUUCUACCAGGGUCGACUCUUGGAUGGCUCAGAUAUGGAUGUCAAAACCAAGCAGCCGUGGCAUUUACAUCCUAAAUUCGGCACAUACAGGUUCUUCAACGUUCACCGGGGACUAGAAACCCCUGCAAGCGGUCAUUCUCUAACAAACAUUACGGAGAGCCAAGUCGCCCUCGCCUUGUAUGCACGCUUGUGUAAGGAGUUUUCCGACAUAGACUUUGACUUCCGCGUUGGCAUCGUUUCCAUGUACCGCGGUCAAGUCAUGGAGCUCCAACGAGCUUUUGAACAACGAUUUGGGAGAGAUAUUAAGGGCAGGGUACACUUCCACACUGUUGAUGGAUUCCAGGGACAAGAGAAGGAUAUUAUCAUCCUUUCUUGUGUUCGUGCUGGUCCCAGAGUGCAAUCUGUCGGUUUCCUGUCGGACGUUCGGAGAAUGAAUGUCGCUAUAACUCGUGCGCGUUCAUCUCUCUUUAUUCUGGGUCAUGCGCCUACUCUCGAGCGAAGCGACGAGAACUGGCGCAAUAUCGUACAGGACGCUCGCGAAAGGUCAUUACUCACAGAGGCGGAUGUUGGCUUCUUUACCACUCAAGCUGUGAACCCCCAAGUUCGCCGGCCUCCAUCACCACCGAAACCCAAGAAGCAGCCAGUCGUGACUUUGCCGCCUAGACCAGAUGAUCUAGUCACUCCCAAAAGCUUUGCUGAGUCUAGUCGUCGGCCUCCCUCCUCUAAACCUUCACAGACGAUUGAGGAGCAACCAUCGAUGAAAGAUCCUCCUGCAAACCUGACGGUUCCCAGAGACGUUGGCCAGAAGCGUCGUUUGGCUGAAGGUGUGAACGGUGAACCUUCAACCUCUGGACCACAUGAAACCAGGACAACGCAGCCACCUCCAAAACGGUUCAAGAAGGAGAAAGGUAGCAUCUUUAUACCAAAGAAGAACAAGCCUGGGAAACCAUAG